GGCUCACAGCUGCGGUCAGUGAAGAACAGGGAUGCAAGCAGAGGAGAGGCGUCUCGUAACAAAAUGUUGAACAUUUAUCGCUUGGUUCUGGCAAAAAUAACUUUUCAUACAGUUUUCCUAAGUUUGAUGCUUUGUGGAUUUAUCCAGGCUCAACAACAGAGAGGGUUGUUUCCGGCAGUCCUCAAUUUGGCCACAAAUGCUCGUAUCACAACAAAUGCUACAUGUGGUGAAAAAGGACAGGAGACCUUUUGCAAGCUAGUAGAGCAUGUUCCAGGGCAACCUCUGAGGUAUUCCCAGUGUCGUACUUGUGACCAGAAAAGCUCCAAUCCUAACCUGCGUCAUCCAAUUAGCAAUGCUAUUAAUGGCAAAAACUCCUGGUGGCAAAGCCCAAGCAUCCAGAAUGGUAUGCAGUAUCACUAUGUGACCGUCACAUUGGAUCUUCAGCAGGUGUUCCAGAUUGCUUAUAUUAUUAUCAAAGCUGCCAAUUCCCCUCGUCCCGGUAACUGGAUUUUAGAGAGAUCUCUUGAUGGUGUGAAUUUCAAGCCCUGGCAAUAUUACGCCAUUACAGAAAGUGAAUGCCUGACAAGGUAUAAAGUCAAACCACAACCUGCACAGGCUUCCUUCGCUAAGGAUGAUGAAGUCAUAUGCACCUCCCAUUAUUCGAAAAUUCACCCACUGGAAAACGGAGAGAUAUUCACAUCUCUAAUAAUUGGCAGACCAAGUGCAGAGGAUCCAUCUCCAGAACUCCUUGAAUUUACAUCAGCACGCUACAUUCGACUAAGGUUACAGCGUAUUCGAACUCUAAAUGCUGAUUUGAUGAUGUUAUCCCAGAGUACUUACAAAGACAUAGACCCCAUUGUUACAAGAAGGUAUUUCUAUUCUAUUAAAGAUAUUUCUGUGGGUGGAAUGUGCAUCUGCUAUGGCCAUGCAAGAUCCUGCCCCUUUAAUCUGGCCACCAAAAAAUCAUCUUGUGAAUGUGAGCACAAUACCUGCGGAGAUAGUUGUGAUCGAUGUUGUCCGGGAUUCAACCAAAAACCUUGGAAGGCAGGAACAUUUCUUUUGAAACACGAGUGCGAACCCUGCAACUGCCAUUGGAAGAGUGAAGAAUGUUAUUAUGAUCAGCAAGUAGCAGACAAGCGCCUCAGUUUGGACAUUCUUGGGAACUACUCUGGUGGUGGAGUGUGCAUUAAUUGCACUAGUAAUACAGCUGGAAUUAACUGUGAGACUUGUGUAGACCGCUUCUACCGACCAAAAGGGGUGUCACCAACUCAGCCCUAUCCCUGCCAACCAUGUAGCUGUGACCCUAUUGGUUCUUUACAUGAUAUUUGUGUCAAGGAUGAAAAACAAGCUCCACGGGGAAUGCUACCUGGUUCCUGCCAUUGCAAGUCUGGCUUUGCAGGGGAGCGAUGUGAUAAAUGUGCAGUGGGUUAUAUUGGUUAUCCAGAAUGCGUGAGGUGUAACUGCAGUUUAAUAGGCAGCACAAAUAAAGAUCCAUGCGUUGAUCCGUGCAUCUGCAAGGAUAAUGUUGAAGGACAAAACUGUGACCAGUGCAAGCUUGGAUACUUCAACCUCCAGAAGGAUAACCCACAAGGGUGUGAUCAGUGCUUUUGCUCCGGGGUUUCCAGCAUCUGCACAGGAUCUCGCCUUGCAUAUACUAAGAUCACUGAUAUGAAUGGUUGGUAUGUGACGGAUUUAUCUGGCUACACCAGAGUUGCACCGGCAAAAGAUGGUUUUGAUGGUCCACAUCAAUUAAGCAUUACAAAUCGGGCUGCUAGGGCACAAGGCCUCCCGGAAGUUUAUUACUGGUCAGCUCCUCCUACGUAUUUGCGUAGUAAAGUUACAGCAGUGGGAGGACACCUGUCUUACACCAUCUCCUAUGACGCAUCCAUGAAGACAGACAGUGUGGAUUCUACAAAUUAUCCUAACAUAAUAAUUGAGGGCAAUGGUAUAAAGAUCAGCUCACAGCAGGAAACUAUCCAACUAGGACCAUUUGAAGAAAUCACAGAAACCAUAGUGCUCCACCCUGACUCUUUCCGAAUCUAUGGUACAGAAUUUCAAGUGAGCAGAAGAGAGUUCAUGAUGGUACUAGCAAAUGUGAACAAACUUCUCAUCCGAGCAACGUACAGUAAUGGGCAGGAGGCCAUCUACAGACUAAGUUCUGUUACACUUGAAGUAGCUGGAGAUCCCUCUUCGUCUGGAAAGACAGCAUUUAGUGUGGAGCUUUGUCAGUGUCCUUCAGGAUUCAGUGGAACAUCCUGUGAAAAGACAGAUCAAGCUUAUGCUCCUCUAAGUCUUUUACCUACAAGUGGUACAAAGUCCUGUUUACCAGGAAAUAGACGAGUUAAUGGGACUCUUUUUGGUGGAAGCUGUGAACCAUGCCGAUGCUAUGGCCAUACUGAUAGGUGCCAUGAUGUCACAGGAGAAUGUUUGGACUGCAAGCAUAAUACCUAUGGCAGAUAUUGUGAUUAUUGUCUGCCAGGUUUCUAUGGCAAUCCCUCUGAGGGCACUGCUGAAGACUGUAAGCCAUGCUCCUGUCCUUUGACCAUCGAUUCUAAUAACUUCAGCCCAACGUGCCAUUUGGACAAAACUCGAGGAUUGGUUUGUGAUUCGUGUCGUCCUGGAUAUACAGGACAGCGCUGUGAAAGGUGUGCAGAAGGGUAUUAUGGACAACCAUCGGAACCAGGUGGAUCGUGCAAACCUUGCAAGUGCAAUAACAACCUUGACCUUUCUACUCCCGGAUGCUGUGAUAGUCAGACUGGAGCCUGCCUUGUCUGCAAGCCAGGAAUAACAGGGCAAUAUUGCAAUAAAUGUGCAGAAGGAUAUUUUGGAGAUGCCCUUGAAGCAAGAGGCUGUCAAUCCUGCAACUGUCAUGUCAAUGGUUCUGUAUCUACAUCUUGCAACACUGAAACAGGACAAUGUCAAUGCAGGAACAAUGUUAUUGGCCGUCAGUGCGAUGAGUGUUUGCCAAACUGUUGGUGGGAUUCUGAGAAGCAGAUAUGCUUGCCUUGUGGCUGCAGUUUAAGUGGGUCAAUGUCACUGCGAUGUGACAUAACAGGAAGGUGUAUCUGUAAACCAGAAUACUUUGGGAAGAAAUGUGAGAUGAGAAGACAGGUGUAUGAAAGGAAAGAUCGCACUCAGAUUUCCCAGAACAUCCAAGCUCCACCUAGGAGGUGGACUCCCACAGGCACAAGAGGUUGUCCCCGUGGUGCUUACAAACCAACUGUUUUGCCGCAAACCUUUGGCCUCCAAUCUGCACAAGGCUGUGUUCCGUGUAACUGUAACUCAUUUGGUUCCAAGUCUUUUGAUUGUGAUGACAGUGGCCAAUGUCGAUGCCAACCUGGGGUGACUGGGAAGAAAUGUGAUCACUGUGAUCAUGGAUUUUAUGACUUCCAAGAAGGAGGAUGUACCCCAUGUGAAUGCCCCCAUGUUGGAAAUAAUUGUGAUGCGGACACCGGUCAUUGUGUUUGUCCUCCCAAUACUAUUGGAGAGCAGUGUGAUAAAUGUGCACCAAAUCACUGGGGAUACAGUAUUAUCACUGGAUGCAAGGCAUGUAAUUGUAGCAACCCAGGAUCUCUCAGUAUGCAGUGUAAUUCAGAUACAGGAUGUUGCUUCUGUCGGCCAAACUUCUCCGGUGAUAAAUGUUCCUCCUGCCGGCUGGGAUAUAGAAAAUAUCCCACAUGUGUGAACUGUGGCUGUAUGCUAGCAGGAAGUCAACCACAGACAUGUGAUCAAGAGACUGAGAAGUGUUCUUGUGCUGAGCAAACAGGGCAAUGUAACUGCAAGAUAAAUGUAGAGGGAGUUCUUUGCGACAGAUGCAAGCCCAGUACUUUUGGACUUCAUGUAGGGAACCCACUUGGCUGCAGCAGCUGCUACUGCUUUGGUCUUGCUACCCACUGUACAGAGGCAGAUGGACUAAUCCGUAUGUGGUUAACCUUGAAGCCAGAUCAGACUGUGCUUCCACUGGUGGAUUUGACACAGCAGCACAGGACGACAAAAGGAGUCACCUACCAGCACCCAGAAAUUGUUGCAAUGAUCGAUCAGGUUAAAGAAGACCUGCAUGCUGAACCCUUCUAUUGGAGACUACCCCAGCAAUUUGAAGGCAGAAAGCUUACGGCAUAUGGCGGCAAACUGAAAUAUGCCAUUUACUUCGAAGCACGUGAUGAGACUGGUCCUUCAACGUAUGAACCUCAAGUUAUAAUUAGAGGAGGACCCCAUGCAAACCACAGAAUCAUAGUGAGAAAUAUGGCUGCCCCACAAAAUGGCCAGCUAACAAGACACGACAUUGAGAUGACAGAGCAUGACUGGAAGUAUCUUGGAUCAGUAGAUGGAAGACCUGUUUCCAGAGAAGAUUUCAUGGAUGUUCUAUAUGAUAUUCAGUAUAUCCUUAUUAAAGCUGCCUAUGGCAGUGUAUUGAGGCAAACCAGAAUUUCUGAGAUUUCACUGGAAGUGGCAGAGGAAGGAACAUCCUUCACCAUAAGCCCCAGAGCAUACUUGAUCGAGAAAUGUGAAUGUCCACAUGGAUAUUCAGGACUGUCAUGUGAGGCUUGUGCCCCAGGAUUUUACAGAGUAGCUCCAGCAACCCCUGGCAGAAGAACUGGUCCUACAUUAGGUACUUGUGUACCAUGUCAGUGCAAUGGGCACAGUGAUAUAUGUGACCCACAAUCUUCAGUCUGUCAGGCAUGUAAGCACAAUACUGCGGGUGAUCACUGUGAAAGGUGCGCACCAGGAUUUUAUGGGAUUGUUAGAGGUUCACCAGAUGAUUGCAAACCAUGUGCUUGUCCCUUGCUAAUAUCCAGCAACAAUUUCAGCCCAACAUGCACCUUACAAGGAACAAAUGACUACAGAUGUACAGCUUGCCCUCUGGGAUAUGAAGGCCAGUACUGUGAAAGAUGUGCAUCUGGUUACACGGGUAACCCAGGUGUUCCAGGAGGUUCAUGUCAGGAAUGUGAGUGCAACCCUUAUGGUUCAUUGUCUAUGAUAUGCCAUCCAACCACCGGCCAAUGCACGUGCAAGACUGGAUCAACAGGGUUGAAGUGUGCAGGCUGUACUGAUCGGCAUGCUCGAGAAGGCCCAGUGUGUGUAUUUUGCGAUGAUGAAUGUACAGGGCUCCUUCUUGAUGACUUGGAACAGCUAAACCAGAUGGUCAUGAGUGUGAAUCUUUCUGGCCCAUUGCCUCCACCUUACAAAACGCUGUUUACUUUUGGAAAUCAGACUCAGGAAUUAAAGCAUUUACUGUCUCCUCAACGAGCUCCAGAAAGACUGCUCCAGCUGGCACAAAACAACCAGGAUACUCUUGUCAUCGAGAUGGAUGAGCUACUAAAUAGGGCUGCUAAAGUGACGGCAGAUGGAGAGCAAACUGGCAAGGAUGCAGAAAGGACCAAUGAAAGGGCAAAACAACUGGAAGACUUUGUUAAAGAGACACUCCAUGCUUCUAAGGACAUCUAUGAUAAAGCUGUUAAAUUGAAUGAAACUUUGGGAAUCCCAAACAAAACACUGGACAAAAGUUUCCAAGAGUUGCAAAAAGAUAUCGACAGCAUGAUGGCAGAGCUAAGAAGAAAAAGCCUGAGAAAUCAGAAAAACACAGCCGACGAUGAGCUGAAAGCAGCAGAAGCUCUCCUGAAUAGAGUGAAGAAACUUUUUCUCGAGGCUCAUAAAAAGAAUGAGGACCUGAAUAAUGAGGUCAAGGAAAAGUUAGGUCUGUUUGAAGAGAAGCUGGAUGAUGUUUGGGAUCUACUGAGAGAAGCAAGGGGGAAAAUAAAAGCGGCUGACGAUCUAUCUACUGUGAACCAGAAAAAUAUGACAGAACUGGAGAGAAAAAAGCAAGGUGUUGAAAAGGGAAAGAAAGAAACAGAAAGCGUUUUAGGUGAUGGUGAUUCUAUCAUGACCGAAGUUAAUAACUUGGCACAGAUCAUCAAUGAAGCCGAAAAUGAUUUGUCUGACAUGAAUAAAGAGCUUCCCCCUCUCACUGAACAACUAAAUGAAAAGAUAAAUAAUUUGACUCAAGAAAUUGCAAGGCGGGAUCUCCCAGAACAAAUAUUACAGGCAGAAAACCAAGCAGCCCAGCUAAUUGACUCAUCUGCUGUUCUGGAUGGAAUCCUUGCCGAAGCUAAAAACCUUUCAUUUAAUGCAACAGUGGCUUUCAAUGCCUACAGUAAUAUAAAGGAUUUAAUUGAUGAUGCUGAAGAUACUGCAAAAGAAGCUAAAGCCAAGGCCAAUGAAGCUAUAGAUCUGGUGACUGGCCCCCAAGGAUCACUCAAGGAUGAAGCCAAGAACGCAAUUCAGAAAAGUUUUCGAGUUCUUAGUGAUGCUAAAAGGCACAGCGGUGAUGUUAAAGAUAAUGAAAAUGAUCUUGCUGGUAUAAAGAACAGGUUGGAAAAUGCAGAUGAGAAAAAUCAAAAUAUGCUUCAAGCUUUGAAUGAUACCUUUGGAAAACUGGCUUUGAUACCCAAUGAUACACUUGUUAAAAUUCAAACUGCAAAGGACAAAGCCAAGCAGGCAAAUGAUACUGCCAGUGAUGUCUUAGAACGCCUUAAGGAUCUCAAUCUGAAUCUUUUGGGACUGAAGCAGAACUAUACAGCACUGAAAGAGGAUGUGGCUAAAACUAAUGCAGCUGUAAAAGAUCCAGUUGAAAACAGAUUCAUUACAGAUGCAGAUGGCAGAGUAAAACAACUUGAGAAGGAGGCAGAUCGGUUGCUGGAUAAACUUAAACCGAUCAAAGAGCUGCAGGAGAACCUUGGAAAGAAUAUCUCACAGAUAAAGGAACUGAUAAAUCAAGCACGAAAGCAAGCCAAUUCUAUCAAAGUUUCAGUGUCAUCUGGAGGUGACUGUAUCCGCACAUAUAAACCUGACAUAAAAAAAGGCAGAUUUAACACCAUCAUACUUAAUGUGAAAACAGACACACAAGACAAUCUAUUGUUCUAUCUUGGAAGCAAACAGUUUACUGACUUUUUGGCCAUAGAGAUGAGAAAAGGAAAAGUCAACUUUUUGUGGGAUGUGGGAUCUGGUGUUGGCCGAGUUGAAUAUCCUGAGUUGAACAUCAAUGAUAAGUACUGGUACAGAAUUGAGGCUUCACGGUCAGGUAUCAAUGGUACUAUUUCCGUCCAAGCUUUAGAUGGUCCCAGAGCCAGCAUUGUACCUGGUGUGUACAGUUCCACUUCUCUGCCUGGUUAUAGUAUUUUGGAUGUUGAUGCAAAUGCCAUGCUUUUUGUCGGUGGUCUAACAGAAAAAAUCAAGAAACCUGAUGCUGUUAAAAUCACCACAUUCUCUGGCUGCAUGGGAGAAACAUUUCUGGAUGGCAAACCUAUUGGAUUAUGGAAUUACCGGGACAGAGAGGGUGACUGCAAAGGAUGCUCCAUCAGCCCACAGAUUGCAGACAGCGAGGGGACAGUACAGUUUGAUGGAGAAGGAUAUGCCUUGGUCAACCGUCCCAUCCGAUGGAAUCCCAAUAUUUCAACAAUCAUGUUCAAGUUCAAAACUUUUUCUUCAAAUGCACUUCUUAUGUACCUGGCAACAAAUGACUUGAAAGAUUUUAUGAGUGUGGAGAUGACUGAUGGGCGUAUAAAAGUUAGCUAUGAUCUGGGGUCAGGCACUGCCUUUUCAGUUAGUGACAGAAAUCACAAUGAUGGAAAAUGGAAGUCCUUUACCCUCUCUAGGAUACAGAAACAAGCCAAUGUGUCAGUUGUGGAUCUAGAGACCAAUGAAGUGGACAAACUAACAAUUAUGUCAACUGGAAGCAACUAUGGCCUUAAUCUAAAAUCAGAUGAGAAGAUUUACUUUGGAGGUCUACCAGUACUGAGGAGCUUAAGGCCUGAGGUUAAUUUGAAGAAGUAUUCUGGUUGUCUGAAAGACAUUGAAGUAUCUCGAACACCAUACAAUUUACUCAGCAGUUCAGAUUAUAUUGGUGUAACAAAAGGAUGUGCUCUUGAGAAAGUAUACUUGGUCAGUUUCGCAAAACCAGGAUUUUUGGAGUUACCACCAGUAUCACUAGAUGUCGGGACUGAGAUUACCUUGUCAUUCAGCACCAAAAAUGACUCGGGCAUUAUUUUGUUCGGCAAUGGAGGCAAUCUGGUUCCACCUAGAAGGAAACGUAGACAAAGUGGUCAAGUCUAUUAUGCUGUCCUUUUAAAGAAAGGUCGUUUGGAAGUUACCAUCUCAGGAGGUAAAGACGUCUACAGAAUAACCAUCAGACCUGAAAAGGGGGAGUUCCAUGAUGGGAAAGAACAUUCUCUCCGGCUAGAAAGAACACGAAAUCUGUUUACUGUUCAGGUUGAUGAAGAUAAGACUCAGACACUGAAAAUUCCAUCUAGCCAAUCAUUGGAUGUGAAAAAGCUCUUUGUAGGAGGCAUUGAUUCUGAUACACAGUUUUUACCGUUCCGAAACGUACCGCCAUUUGAAGGAUGCAUUUGGAACCUUCUUGUCAAUGCUGUGCCAAUGGAUUUCGCUCAGCCUGUGUCUUUUGAGAAUGCUGAUAUUGGUCAGUGUCCCACUCUGUUGCAAGACAGGUUACCAACACAUCCAGAAGAAAAUGGAGACAGGGAUAAAAAUGCAACUCAAUCAUUAGUUUUACCUACUGCAACACCAUAUCCUGUUCCUCCUUCUGAGCCUGACUCCACUGACGAGAAGAGUGCCAACAUAACAGAUGACCAUGAGACCCCAACGGGUGGAUGUGCGGCUGACAGAGAUCCACUAAUAUUGAAGAAUGGGAAACAAUUUGGACUCUCCAGAAACAGUCAUGUUGCAUUUGCAUUUGAUGAUACCAAAGUGAAAAACACACUUUCCAUUGAACUUGAGCUUCGUACUGAAGCAGAGUCUGGGUUAGUAUUCUACAUGGCUCGCAUAAACCAUGCUGAUUUUGCUACAAUUCAGAUAAAAGAAGGAAUGGCUCACUUUAGAUAUGAUCUCGGAAGUGGUGACACCAGCACAAUGGUUCCUCUUCGAAUAAAUGAUGGAAGUUGGCACAAGAUAACGGUAUUCAGGACAAAGCAAACAGCAUAUCUUUUUGUGGAUAACAUUAGUAACUCCACUGUGAGUCCAAAGAAAGCAGAUAUCCUUGAUGUGGUUGGAAUGCUUUAUGUUGGUGGGUUGCCUAUAAAUUACACCACCAAAAGAAUUGGUCCAGUGCUGCAUAGUAUACAUGGCUGCAUCAGAAAUUUCAGAAUGGUGGAAGGGCAUACAGACCUAGAAAAUCCAACGUCCAGCUAUAAUGUUGGUUCUUGCUUUGUAAACCCUGAAAAGGGAACAUAUUUUCAUGGAUCAGGCUUUGCAAAAGCAGUUGGAGCAUUUAAAGUCGGCAUGGAUCUUCUUGUAGAGCUGGAGUUCCGUACAUCAAAAACAAAUGGAGUUAUUCUUGGAAUAAGUGGCAAAAAGAUGGAUGGAUUGGGCAUUGAAUUAGUGGAUGGUAAACUUCUUUUCCAUGCAGACAAUGGAGCUGGUCGUUUUACAGCAUUCUAUGAACCAGAGCUUCCAGGUGGUUUAUGUGAUGGGAAGUGGCACAAAGUGUCAGCAAGCAAACUUAAGCACCGCUUAGAGCUGAUAGUCGAUGAGAACAAAGUAGAAGCAAGUAGCUCUAAUUCUGCAUCCACCUCUGCAGAUACAAAUGAUCCAGUUUAUGUUGGGGGUUAUCCUGAAGGACUGAGUCAGUUUGGCCUGACCACUGAUGAGAGAUUUAAGGGUUGCAUCAGAGAUCUCAAACUUACCAAAGGGAAAUCAAAACCACAGGAAAUUAACUUCAGCAAGGCACUGGAGCUGGAAGGAGUGCAGCCAUUAACUUGCCCAGGAAUUUAACACAAUUUGUUUUGAUAAUUAACCCAAACAUAUCACAUUAUUGUGUACUGGAAAGUGCACAAACUUGCCAUGGAAGCAUGGCACACCCAUGCCAACAUCAGCCUCAUCAUUAAUCCUAUAUUUGAAUGUUAUUCACUAAAUAUGUUGAAUAAAGAAUAAUUAUAUUAUCAAAAAGGGAA